CCCGAGCGCGGCGGAGGGCCGAGGGCCCGGCGCUCCCGAGAGGGGCGGUUCGCGCCCUGCGCCCCGCGCAGCUUCCGGGAGGGUCACCGGGCUCCCCGGCCGGCCCCUCGCCCCCAAGCCCACGAAGCCCAACAUACACCCCGGGGGCGCAGCCCUGCGUGGAGGCCUGACCCCUUCCCUGCCGGAGGGCCCGGUCGCUGCUCCAGGCGCCAGGAUCCCUCCCCGCUGAGGCCGCGCUGGGGGUUAGCACCCCCAGGCCGGGGGCAGGGGAGCAGCCCGUGCUCCGGGUGAAAGAUCAGGGCGGGGGCAGCCGGGAGGGUCUCGCCUUGCCUCGGGGCCCCCAGGCACAGGCAGUGAACCUGCAGCUUUGCUAGGGAGACGUCCUCGCCCUGUUGUAAAGUCUCACCUUCCCGCAGGCCAGGGUCGAAUUCUAGCCAACGCCCACUCCGGGCUGGCCCUGCUGAGAGGGCCCUCUUUCUGGGCCUGGUGCCCUCACUCGACCCUCCCCUCCCUAACCCUGGGGGAAAACUGGGACUGGGAGGUAAGAAACAGGAGCUGUGCAGCUUUCGGGUGCACCCAGGAGAUGUAUGGGGGGCAUCUCGUGCAGGGAGCCAGUCUAUCAGGUUGAUAAGCAUUAGCAGGGAUCUGCCCUCCUGGAGGUUAGUGUCUAGACUGAGAAAAGGUCCAGGCACCCUCCUCCACUUUUCAAAUUCUGGCACCACGGGGCUUUGGUGUGCAGACCUGGAUGUCCCCACAGCCUCCUUCCAGACCCAGCUCUGGGGCCCUUGGGCUGCAGGGUGGCAAUUUGGCAAAGUGGAAGCCCCUGCCUUCAGCUCACAGCCUCUCCAAGCACAGCUCAGGGGAGUUUUCCAGAACGAUUCAUCUCACAGAGCUGAUUGUUUCAAAGCCACAAGCUGUCGCCGGAGACGCCCUCUGAAUUUUUAACCUCAUUCUGGCACUAGGUAGUUUGACACUUCAGAAAACCAUUCACUGAGAGUCCGAGCUCUCUACGCACGUUUAAGAGCGGUGACCAUGGUCAGCUUGGUUAGAGGGGAUGAGCGGUUCCCCUUUGGCCCACGCUGCUUCCUGAGUAGUAAUCCUGCAGCCCCGUGCACUUGAGCUCGCCCCUGGGCCCGUCUUUUAAGAUGGCAUUGAUGUUUAAGGAGUUCAUAUUUUCGAUUCAGACUCUUCACAGCCCAAGGGCUACGCGAAUGUCUCGUGGUCUCUCACUUUGCUGAGGCAGCUUGAAUUAUUACCGCAGUGUGCAGGGUGGGCACAGGCCAGUGACAGAGCCCUCCCCCCUGCACUGCUGGUCCCCAGGGGUCUUCGGCCAUGGCGGGGGGUUCUCCCGGGAGGGGGCUGUCGUGGGGUGCUAGAACCUGAGGACUGGUAGACGGCUGCACGCGCUCCCCCAGCCGCGUCACCACCUGACGGUGGCAGACCUAUGGCCCAGAAGAGCUGCACUUCAGUUGUGAUUAACUGUAUUAGCCUCAAGGUAGGUCCUUCCAGAAUUUAACUCUGAGCCCCUGAAUUACUGCAGUUUCUUUCCACCCGAAAUAUCUCCCAGCCGUGGCUUCAGCCCCUGAGUUAGGACUCUGAGCCUUCAGUGCUGCCAGCAAACGUCCACUUAGUAAGCGGGCGUGGGACGCCACAGCAUGUCCAUGGAGGGACAGAGACCCGGCCCCCCGCGCUGUUCUGCAGACGUCCCAUGGAGCCUUGUCUUGAAGAGCGUUCCAGGAGCUGCGGUUCCCAACAAGGCGGGCCGACCCAGGACGUCUUGCUGAGCCUGGAUUCACACCAGGCAUUCUUUUCUGCCUGCAGAGAAGCACUUGAGGCUUUAUCUCAGUGGCACCUCCUGACCACUUCUGGAGGGAAACAAGCCCUCUGUUUCUUUACAGAGAAGAUGGACAGACGGACAGAGAAACAAGGUUCAUGUGGGCAUCCGCCGGCUCCAUGCAGGCUGCUCAGAUGCGUCUUCUCAUGAACCUUCUCAGCCAUUCUCCCUUUACAGCUGAGGACGCCGAGGCCCAGGAGGCGUGAGUGGCUUGCCCGGCGGACCCUCGCCAAGCCUGCCCGGGCGCCGUGACCGGACCUCGGGCCCCAUCCCUUCGUGCCAUCUCCUCCAGGAUGUGAAGCCGGCAGAGAAGCCAAGCGCCGCCUCUCUGCCUGCCCUCUCGUCUGCUAGGAUGUUUCUCAUGAACGCCCCUCCUGUGCUCGCUCUCCAGUCCAAAUGGGAGGCCUUUGGGCCACCCGGGAUCUGUAGGUUUCCCGGAUGCUUCUCAGAGCCCAAAGAGGGCGUCUCGAGAGCAGCGGUGAGCGCCAAGGUGCAGAUGGUCAUCAGCACACUUCAGGGCGACGGGGCCGCUCUGGGCAUGAGCGGCGAGCAUGCCCGGCCGAGAAGCCAGAGGGCAGAGAGAGGCUGCGGCGCCCGGCUGGCCGCCAGCCCUGCCUUUGCUGCCUGUGGUCUUGCUGCUGGUUUUGACCCCAAGGGUGAGGAGGAGGCCGCAGACCUCGGCCCCCUGGUGCUGGAUUCGGACAGUGACGACUCCGUGGACCGGGACAUCGAGGAAGCCAUCCAGGAAUACCUGAAGGCCAAAAGUGGCGCCGCCCCGCCGCCCAGGGCUGCAGACUCGGCUAGUCGAUGCAAACCAGAGCCACCUCCGAGCAGCGCCCCAACCGCCCUGGGUCCCCCAAACCUGGCAGCUGGCUCCAGCCAGGGAGCGGGCAAGGACCAGGGCUCUGCCUCCCCAGCCAGUGUGAGCAGCGAUGACUCCUUCGAACAGAGCAUCCGGGCGGAGAUCGAACAGUUCCUGAGCCAGAAGAGGCAGCGCGACACCCCGAAAGGCGGCACCCCUGCCGACAGAACAGCAGAGCCCAGUGACGGCCCUGCCCCAUCAGCGCGCAGACCCAGCAGCACCCCUGCUGACAGAACACCAGACCCCAGCGACGGCCCGGCCACGUCGGUGCGCAGACCCAGCAGAGAGCCGGUGGUCAAGGCACACCAGCAGGACCUGGCCGGCACCUGUAAGGAGUUUGUCUUCCGGAAACCUCCCCGGGCCGCAAAGUCCGGUGCGCUGCCCAGAGGCCCCAGGUCCAAGGUCACCACCGAGCCUGCAUCCACCGCGGGCCGCCCUGCAGAGGCAGCCCCGAGCAAAGGUGGGGUCCGGAGGGGUGCUGGCUCAGGGAGGAGGAGGAGGAGAGCCAGGGGCACGGCCCCAGUGUGCGAGACGACUGACUCCAGCAGCGAUGAUGGCAUCGAGGAGGCCAUCCGGCUGUACCAGCGGGAGAAGAGGAAGGAGGCCAGCGCCGACCCGCCGCAGAGGGCACCACGUGCAGAGGAGAAGGGGCCCGGGCCCCCCGCACACGGUGCCUGGCCGGAAGCCCUCAGGAAAGCCCUGGGCAAGAAGAAGCCGGUGGCCGCCAAGCCCUCGGACCUCACCCCUGGUGGUCUGGACCCCGACCAUCCCUCCAAGCCCCCCAGGGAAGUCACAGCUCCUGCACCUCCAGUACCCACAGCCGCCAAAGGCGACCUUGUGGACCGGGCCCCAUGCCGGGCAGACACAUCCACCGAGCUGAUGUGCGCUGAAGCCAUCCUGGACAUUUCCAAAACGAUCCUGCCAGCCCCCCCAGAGGGCAGUGACAGACCCCUGCCCGCCAGCCCACUCCCUUAUCCCCCAAACGUGCCUUCCCGCUCUGACGGCGACAGCAGCUCCGUGGACAGUGACGACAGCAUCGAGCAGGAAAUCCGGACAUUCCUGGCCCUGAAGGCACAGUCAGGAAGUUUGCUGGCCGGAACGGAGACCUGCCCGCCGCCACCAGCACAGAGCCCACUGCCAUCGCCCGGCCUCAGGGCCCCAGCCUUUAAAACUCCAGACCUGUCGCUGAGCUGCAAGAGGAAGCGUGGAGGUGGAGGCGUCGGCAGUGCGGCACGGCCGUGCCCGCCCAAGAGGACCCGAGAGACGGCCAUGGCGCAGGAAGGGGCCCAGGACACGGACCGCGGCCAGGGGAGAGCGCAGUCCGGCCAGGGCAAAGCCAGCGAGGCUCUCGGAAGGGAAGGCGAGACCAAGGGCCAGCCUCUCCCCUGCAGGACGGUUGGGCUCGGUGACGAGCACGCAGCCCAGGACAUAAGGGGGACCUCGUCACCCGGCCCUGGGAAGGCGGCCGAGGUGAGGCAGGUGGACGGGAAGGGGAGCUCCGAGGACAAGAGCAGCUCGCUGGACAGCGAUGAGGACCUGGACACGGCCAUCAAGGACCUGCUGAGGUCCAAGCGGAGGCUCAGGAAGAGGUGUAAGGACCCCCGAGUUGGGUGCAAGAAAAAGGUCAGAUUCAGCACCACAGAGACGCAGUUCUUGGAUAAACUAGGCGGCUUCCAGAGAGACUGGAAAGACAGAAGCCCACACUUGCUGAAAAGUUGCCUCUCCAAGUCCAAAAAAGACGACAGGGAUUCCCCAGGGAGACCUCCACGUGUCCUCUGCAGGGAAACGGAGAGAGCAAAGUCAGACUGCACUGCCACCGAGGACGCACCCCCGGCUCUCCGGUCCAGGGUCAGAGCUACGGGAGGGAACCUGUUCUCCAGUGAAACGGAGGCCCAUGAACUUGCAGGUCCAGCCCCAAGCCCCAGUUCCCUCUCCGAUGACAGCAGUUCUGUGGACAGUGAUGACAGCAUCGAACUGGAGAUUAGGAAGUUUUUGGCAGAAAAGGCCAAGGAGUCCGUGAGCGGAUCAGAAAUUCAAGGAGGGGGCCCCACAGCUCUUGGGACAGGGAGCAUGGCCAGGCCAGAACCGCCAUGCCGGAAGGUGCCACCUCCCGGCCCAGCCCUUCAUCCCGGCGUGUGCACGCGGAGUCAGAGAGCCAGGGCGUCCUCACAGCAGGCCGAGGGCCCAAGGGGCCUGGGGAGAGCCUUCACUCCGGCCGGCAGGAGCAGCCCCCGCGCCGAGCAGGCCUGCCUCCCUGCAGCCCUGGCCAGAUGUGUGACUGUGUCUGCCAAAGGCUCACCAGCCGGUAGGAGAAAUGUUUAUGCUCACAAAGACCAGAGCACGAGAGGGGCCGAGCCUGUCGUGGGGGAGAGCGCUUUCGGUCAGCUGCCGGGCUGUGUGGACCCCGGUGCCCGGGCGGAGAGCCGGGGCUCGCUGGCGCUGACCCCAGGCGCCCAGCAGGACGGGGGGCCCCGGGCCGGCCUCGCCCCACCCUGGAGUGACUUUGCGCCCCGGAGCCGGCUGCAGAGCGCAUGGGCGCUGAGCUCGGGGGGCAGGGAUGCAGCAUGGAGAGGGGGCCUCGGGGGCCAGAGAGAGAAGGGGUUGGAGGGCCAGGCCCGGGGCUCACCCAGCCUCGGGAUGGACCCCAGGCGAGGCCUGCCCUUUGCCGGCUUCUCCCCGCUGCUCUCCAGGCAGCUGUUCCACUUUGGGAAGGGCAUCUCCUGGGGGGGCAAGCAAGCCAGCCUCUUCAGUCCCCCCCUGAGUCUGCCUCUGCAGGGCCCGUCCUUCUCGGCCUUCCGAGGGACCCAGGCCGGCCACAGCCCUGUGUUUGGCGGCUCUCACUUGCUCGUGAAGAAGGAAGGGGGCCACUGGCCGCACAGGAAGUCCCAGGUGGGGCUCAGCCUGCAGGGCAGGAGGAACUCGGGGCCAGAGGAGAGCCUCUUAGACCUGGGGUGCAGGCAGAGGGUGAGGGACCGAGACGACGAAGACCAGGAGGCGCUGGGCAGUGACGCCAGCGAGCUGAGCGACACCUCGGUAGAGGAGGGUGGCAGCCCCGGGGCCAAGGGCACCGUCCUCAAGCUGUGAGCGCGCCCCCGGCCGAGGCGCACGGGGAGCAAGUGUGCGCGUCCCCGCGCGCGUCUGACACUGAGGUCACAGUGCGGGGGGGGGGGGUGCCCGGAGGACCCCGUCAGCCUGUAUAUCUGUACACUAACACGAAACGAUGUUUUUAUUUAACAGAUGUGUCCUGGUAAAUAUGAUUUUUGUAGCUUUUUUGUAAAUUAUUUAAAGUGCUGUAAAAAAUAUUUUUAGCAAAUGCUGUCGUCCAAUUUUGUAGGGCGUUCCUCGCCCCAGUUCUCGGUCGUCUUCGCACAAGUCUUAGAUCCGCAAACGCCUGGGGUUCCACCCGGCCCAGCCUCUGCCCUUUGGGGCGACUGCUGGUGGAAAUACAUCUCACGUAAAAGAGCCCCCGGUCCCGGGAGCCCCGAGCGCGACUUCUGAACACUGCCAUCACCACCUCCGAGCGGAGAAGCGUCUCAAAGCACAAAGGCCGGCAAGCAAACCGGCCGUCCCGGCUGCGUGUGGAAGUCCCGCCGGAGCUCCCCAGGCAGGUCCCCAGCUCACGCCUGCAGCCCAUAUGGUUUAAUGUCCAGUCCCGUUCGAUGAUGACAUGAUUCUAACAGCUCAAUAAACCUCUU